GUAGAGCCCGCUUCCUCACCACCAACACAUCAACCCCAACGAAUGUUAUUAUAUCGACAAAGACAUCCAUCGACGGAAGUUUUGAAGCAGUCUCCUUGUUCUAUAUAAGCAUUCAACAUCUUGGAUCAUCCGUUAUUUUUGUCCGAUACUCCUACGUCCUCUCCUCCUUUUUCUACAACAACUACAACUACAACUACAUCCAUGGCACGUCGUCAACCUGGCCAGCAGCAGCUUCAAGUACAACAGCGUCCAGUAUCGGCGCCUAAACCGCAUGGAUCACCGGCGCAGCUGUCGCAGCCUGUGAAGCAGGUGGUGCAAGCAGUGCCGCAUAUACGCUCCCGCUCCAACUCGCCAGCAUCACGACAUGCUCAACCCCGUCCCGCUUCUCACUCGAAUUCCCGCCGUACGGCUCCUGCUCAACACCAGCAGAAGCCCGUACAGCAGCAGGUUUACCCGUCGUCGCGCCAGCGUUCGUCGAAUGUUCGCCGUGCGGCUACGGAGCCAUCAGGGAACCGUCCUGUUUCCCCUCCUGCGUCUUCGCCUCCUCAACCUGUUACCCCAGCAUCUACGAAUGCUCGUCCGGCUACCACUACCACUACUGUUGGAGGUCAGAGUCCACCGAAGACCGCGGCACAGGCUGCCGCGGCGCAUUAUGCUGGUCCAACUUUCCAUUCCUCUCCUGCGGCUUCAGCACUCCCUCUUCCUGCGUUCAUGACCAAAUCCCUUCCGUCGCGCAAGGCUGGAGCUGAGGUCGCUGGACAGUUGACUGAUCGCGAUAUGAACGUUCCUGUUGACGAGAGUCCCCUCGCCAAACUCUUCCGUGCGGAUCGUGACGCGAAGAAUGGAAGCACAAGUCCCACGAAGUCAUAUACCCCAACCAAGCAACCCAUCCUCCAACGUCCGAACUCGGAUUUAUACGAAGACCGUCCCUCCUCAUCCGAGUCCGAGGACCACCUUCGCGCUAAGAGCAGGGCGUUGAAGGAUAUGCUCUCCCCACCCUCCAGCUCCGACUCCGCCGCUCCGUUCUUCUCGUCAACGACCACUUCUUCCGUCUCGUCCGAACCCGUCCCUACCGCACAGGGCCAGCACUUCACGAGUGCUCCUCACCAAUUCCGACACCCUCAACACUCCCCACCCCAAACUUACGCACAUCAGUCCGCGGGUCCCGUCGUGCCAUUCCAGCACCCGUAUGCUACCAGGGGUUACGGACCCGGACAAGGGAACUUCUAUUCGAUGGUUCCGCCGGCGUAUGUCCCUAGCCCACAAUUGCACCAUGCGCAUCCGAUGCCCAUGGGGAUGGGGAUGGCGCAUCCUCUCAGCCCGCCUGUUACGCCGAUGAUGAAUCCGAUUGGGGUGCAUAUGGAGCAGCAGUGGCAGCAGCAGCAGGUGCAUGGGAGCCCCACACCUAUUGGGGUUGGGGUUGGGGCUGGUGUUGUGCCGGUUGGGGAGCAGGUUAUGCAGAUGGAGUUGGAUUUGAGGAGGGUGUUGAAGUUGGCCUAAUAUGGGCUUGCUUUUGUGAGAGAGGGAGAGGUGGGGUGAGGUGAGGGGGGUUGAGGCGGUGUACAGCAACGAACAACGGUCUUAUAUUUUACGCGACCUACUCGACAUCGUGGUUUCAGUUUUUGGAUUUCUCUUUUUAUCGCAUGCUUGGCUUAUUUUCGACACGACUUUGACUUUCGACUCGACACUUGACGCACACACCCGCAACGUGCGAAUCCUUUUUCUCUGGUGGAUCUGGACUCUAUGAUUGGCGUUUGCUCUUUAUUUGUCUGCUAUGAUUAUCUGGAUUCCCUGAAGGACACCCUCGACAUGCAUCAACCGGCUUGCUUUCAUGCUCAGUUAUUUAUUU